UCGUCUCUCUAUCCAAUGUAGUUUUUUUCCAGCAUGGCGGCUUGCAAUGUUUAUGUACCACCACACGCGGAUUCCUAGUGACGGAAGCACCGGUCAUCCUUCAUAGUUGCAGAGAGUAAACUUUUGAGCUUGAAGCAUGGGUGUGACAAAACAGUACCUCCGAGUGGCACCAGGACCUGUGUUUGGCGUUGUAGCCAGUCAGAAGUCAAACAUUCUUGCUCUACCAGGGGAUGCCUCUCGUUCCGUGCGAUGUGCUGUUGGCGCUUGUGAAAACGUGUACAUAUGGGAUCUGGUGAAGAAAGAAAAGGUGCUAAGUCUUCUGGGAGCAAAGUCAGAAGUUUCAUGUCUGGCCAAAAGCCCAAAGACUGAUGAUUUGGCAGUUGGUUAUUAUGAUGGAACCAUAAGGAUUUUUAGCCUCAGUACUGGCCAGUCAGACGUGACUUUUCAAGGUCACAAAUCUGCUGUUACUGCUCUCUCUUAUGAUGCAAAUGGCCUCCGUCUUGUUUCUGGUGCUAAGGACACAGAUGUAAUUCUCUGGGAUGUUGUCAGCGAGUCUGGACUGUUCAGGCUCAAGGGACACAGGAAGGAGAUCACCAAAGUGACAUUUCUAAAGAAUAGAGAUUUGCUGGUCACGAGUUCAAAAGACGGCUACAUCAAGUUUUGGGACCUGGGCACCCAGCACUGCUUUUAUACAGUAGUUGGUCAUAGGGCUGAGGUGUACGGCUUUGUGCUGCUGCGAGACGAGACUCGGCUUGUCUCUGGCUCCGUGGACAGUGAGCUGAGAGUGUGGGACAUCCAUUACCUCACUGCUGAGGAACAGGAGGAUAUGAAAAUGGACACAAGUUCGGGUCCAGUUGCCAAGAAAAGGAAGCUUGAAGGAGGACUUACUGAAACAGAUGAAGGCCAAGAGGAUGAUGAAAGUGAUGAUGAGAGAACGGAGGAAGAGAAAGCCAAUGAUGAAGCCAUGCGUAUCCUCACAUGCAAGAAAGUGGGGUCCGUCAUGAGGCAAGGACGAGAGCGUGUUGUUUGCCUGACCUCUGAUCCCGAGGAAAAGUUACUGCUUUGUCAUGGCACAGACAAGCACUUGGAAGUGUUUGAACUUCCAACUGAAGAAGGACUCAACAAACUAAGAGCAAAGCGGAUCAAGAAGCUUAGGAAGAGACAUUUAGACUCGGGAGAAGACGUUGACACAGCCAGCGUGACUAUCAAGCUUCAAGAUGAGAUUAAGCGCCUUGACCGAUUCCGCUUUUCUGCCAAGCUCUGGUCAGUGCACGCCUGCUAUGACCACAACAAAGAACUAAGGAUCUGCGCCCUGUUGGCGGACAACCGUCUGGACAUCGCUGUCCUCCAGCAUGCCAACCACAAGGCCGAGCUGAGCGAGGUAUCCUCUCUCUCCCAGGCCGGACACCGCACGGAGGUGCGAGCGUUGAGCGUCAGUCUCGACAACGCCACCAUUUUGUCUGCCAGUGCCGAGGAGGUCAAGUUGUGGAAUCGAGACUCCUUACAGUGUAUCCGCACCAUGUCCUGUGAGUACGCCCUGUGCUCUCUCUUCGUCACUGGGGAUCGCCACGCCGUCAUUGGCACAAAGAGUGGCAAGCUGCAGCUGUUUGACACAAGCCAAGGGAAACUACUGGAGACUGUGGAGGCUCACACCGGGGCUGUGUGGUCUAUAGCGCCCAUGCCGGACAAGAGAGGCCUAGUGUCCGGAGGGGCUGACCAUGAGGUCAAGUUCUGGAACUACGAACUGACCAGUGAUCCCACGCAGACUGUGCAACACAAAGUCUUGACCUUGGAACAUACAAGAACACUGAAAAUGGACGAGGAUGUUCUUGGUGUGAAGUUUUCGCCGGACCACAGACUGUUGGCUGUAGCUCUUCUAGACAACACUGUCAAAGUGUUUUUUGCUGACACGCUGAAGUUUUUCCUGUCACUUUACGGCCACAAGCUGCCAGUGACCAGCAUGGACAUCUCCUCGGAUAGCACUCUCAUCAUCACAGGUUCGGCAGAUCGCAACAUAAAAAUCUGGGGCUUGGAUUUUGGGGACUGUCACAAAUCCAUUUUUGCUCAUGAUGAAAGUGUGACUUGUGUCCGGUUUGUGCCCAAGACACAUUUGUUCUUCUCGGGAGGCAAAGACAGAAAAGUGAAGCAGUGGGAUGCCGAUAACUUUGAGAAUAUCCUGACUUUGGAGGGUCACCACGGAGAGGUGAGGAGCCUUGCAUUGAGCCCCAGCGGUAACACAUUGGUCAGCUCGUCACAUGACCGCUCGCUGAGGCUGUGGGAGAAGACAGAGGAGCCCCUGGUCCUGGAGGAAGAGCGAGAGAUGGAGAGAGAGGAGGAGGAAUCAGAGUCGCUGCUCAAAGACGGGGAGGAAGUGGUCCCAGGAGAAACCACAGAGGAGGUGAAGAUGGCAGGCAAGAAGACCAUGGAUACAGUCAAAGGCACGGAACGCAUCAUGGAAGCCUUGGAGAUUUAUGAGAGUCAAAUCGCUGAGCAGACUCAAGCGGCGGGUGGAAAGGCCCCGGCUCCUCACCCUAUGAUGGUGGCCUACAGGUGUGAGACUCCCUCAGACUUUGUGCUGGAGACCCUGAGGAGGGUGAAACCCAGCGACCUGAUUGGUUCUCUGCUGUCACUGCCAUUUUCUUUUGUGACAAAACUUCUACCUAUCCUGGAUGAGCUGUUGAGCGGUCGCAGAAACACGGAGCUGGUGUGCAAGUGUCUGAACUUCUUAUUAAAAAUCCACCACGGAGAGAUCACGUCUAGCCGCGCUCACAUCGCGGUGGUGGAGAAGCUCAAGGAGCACUCGGUCACAGCGGUACAGUGGCAGCGGGAUGUGACGGCCUUCAACCUCGCGGGUUUGUCCUUCCUGAAGAAGCAACUAGAGGAGUCGAAGAGCGUGACGCUGUUUGCCGAUGCCACGAGUAAACGAAAGAAGAAAAAGCGAGCCAUGCUUGCUAUUAAAUAAAAUUGUUGCAUUGCAUUUCUUUUGUCACUAGUAAAUAAAAUUACUGUGUUUUACAUGUGA